UCGGCGGGAGGGCUGGGGGAAGGGACCCGGACUAGAACAACUGCUGACUAAUCCGCGGGCCGCGGGGAAUGGGUGGCGCGCCAGCCGGUCGGCCGGGGUCACGCGGCCGGGUGUGCGCGGAAUGGAUUCAGGGUUCCCCGAUCUCGCCCGGGAGCUAGAGUCCCGACUCCCAGCCCGGGUCCCCGACCGGCCUUUCGGGGUUGCUGGGCGCGCUCUGCAAAGGGGAAACUGAGGUCCAAGGAAAUUGAGUAUCUUUGCAAAGUCCCCAGCUGAGUUCGAACCAGACAGAUCCUGGGACCCCCUACUCUAUCCGCCACCCGGAAGAAUCUUCGUCCUUGUCUUUCCAUUCUGCCCUCCCGGCUUCCCAGUAAGGUAGGCAGGGCCUGGUGGCGCACUGCCCGUUUCAUAGAUUGAAGAAAGUGAGGUCCAGGGGGCUCAAGUCCCAGUUCCGAGUGUCCACGGGCAAGCCUUUUACCCUUGCUAAGGAGCCCAGAGCUAGGGAAUGGUUGUGAGGUGAGGAUACAGGAGGAGGUUUACGGUGGGUGUCUUGGCCCCAAACCCUGCCUCCAGGCAAGGCUGGCCCUGCCCACCUCUCUGGACCUCUAACCCCAGCCCCCUAGGUGGAUACCCGGGUCCACGAAGGGCAGGGUUCACCUUCAAAUCCCUCAGCAGGACCAGGAGUCAAGCUAGUGUCCUUUUUUCAGUGAACAUAUAUAAAGCACUGGUUGUGUGCUGCGAAUACCCUGGGAAAGGUGGGGUUUGAUCAGAGGAGCCAUGAGCUCAGACCACCUGCCUAGGGAGACAGACUGGUCAAGCUGUGCUCCUAAGAUCCCUGAUGUUGGGGGGCCAGAGGAGGGGAAGGGAUAUUUGAGCUGGGCUUCCAAGAGUAAAAUAGGAGUUUUGCCUGCUGGUGAAAUGGAGGGAAGGACAAUGCAGGCUGAGGAGCUUUCCACAUUUUUCCUGCAGGAAGCUGGUAGAUGUGGAGAACGCGCUUGGCAGGGGAGCAAAUUAGGCAGCCUUCUUGUCUCUCUGGGAUCCUGCUUCCUGCCGUGAAUCAGCUCAGUGGGAGUCCUGGGACAGAGAGGCUUGACCAGGGACCUACAGGCCCUGGAGGACAGGCUGGAUGCAAGAGGAGAGCACAGGGGAGAAGGCCUUGCUUUGCGCACAGCCCUAGGACCACCCUUGACCAUCCUCAACCAAGCUAUGCAUGCCAGGGGCCCCCAUGGCCCACUGUCCCCGGCGCUGCCUCUCGCCUCCUCAGUCCUGAUGCUGCUGAUGAGCAGCCUGUGGCUGGUGGGGGCCGGCCCUAGCCUGGUCCUGGCCCCGGAGCUGUUGCUGGACCCCUGGCAGGUGCACCGGCUGCUGACCCAUGUCCUGGGCCACACGGCCCUGCCGGGCCUGCUCCUGAGCCUGCUGCUCCUGCCCACUCUGGGCUGGCAGCAGGAGUGCCACCUGGGCACGUUGAGAUUCCUGCAUGCCUCAGCUCUGCUCGCCCUGGCUUCUGGGCUGCUGGCAGUACUGCUGGCAGGCCUUGGGGUGUCCGGUGCAGCCGGCAGCUGUGGAUACAUGCCUGUCCACCUGGCCAUGCUGGCUGGGGAGGUACACCACCCUAAACGGCCCCGUGGGGCACUGCCACCAUGGCUGCCACCGUGGCUGCUGCUUGUCCUGACCCCACUGCUCAGCUCUGAGCCACCCUUCCUGCAGCUCCUUUGUGGCCUCCUUGCUGGCCUGGCCUACGCAGCUGGGGCCUUCCGGUGGCUGGAACCCUCAGAGCGACGGCUGCAGGCGCUGCAGGAGGGCGUUUUGUGCGGGACCUUGGCGGGGUGCUGGCCCCUGAGGCUCCUUCCCACCCCGGGCAGCCUGGCGGAGCUGCCUGUCACCCAUCCUGCCGGAGUGAGGCCUCCCAUCCCUGGACGGCCUUAUGUAGCCUCCCCUGACCUCUGGUCCCACCGUGAAGGCUCAGCCCUGUCCCCACCAGGCCUGAGGCCUGUGCAGCCCACCUGGGAGGGGUCCUCAGAGGCCAGCCUGGACUGGGCUGGGGCCAGCUUCUCCCCAGGGACUCCGAUGUGGGCGGCCUUGGAUGAGCAGAUGCUGCAGGAGGGCAUCCAGGCCUCACUUCUUGACGGGCCAGCCCAGGGGCCCCAGAGCGCACCAUGGCUGUCCAAGUCCUCUGUCUCCUCUCUGCGGCUGCAGCAGCUGGAGCGCAUGGGCUUCCCCACGGAGCAGGCGGUGGUGGCACUGGCAGCCACAGGCCGCGUGGAGGGUGCCGUGUCACUGCUGGUUGGAGGACAAGUGGGCACUGAGACCCUGGUGACCCAGGGAAAGGGUGGGCCUGCCCACUCCGAGGGUCCUGGGCCUCCCUAGCCCAGGCAGAGAGUGAGGCACAGGCAGGCCCUUGGGUACUAAGGGCUGGGCUGCAUGUGGGUAGCCUGAGCUCCUGCUCUGUCUACUGAGGACCACAGUGGGGAGCAGGGGCACCUCUGGAGACAGGAGAGGCCAGCAUGCUGCCCUAGUAUGUGUUUAGAAUAAAAACCAGUUUGUUUUUCAACCUGGA